CGAUUUUAUACUAUUUACUUAGUAUUGUAUUGGAUAGACAAAGAAUAAACACCCAUCUGGUGAUUUAAUGAAUAUGCCAAUGUUUUUCUUUCUUUCUUUAUCUUGUUUCUUUGCCAUAUUAUUGAUUAUUAGCUACUGUAUUGUCGAUUAUAGGCUAUCUAGCAUAAUACAGCAUAAUAACAAUGAGAUACAAUGCAAUAGUAAUGGUUAAAUUAAUAAUUGGGUCUUAUUGUUAUGCUGCUGUUAGACGACAAUAGAAAAUAAAACGUAACCAGUGAAAUUGUUUGUUAAAUGUGUUGCCAUGUUUAUUUGUUGUCAUUUUUGAAAAAAAAUCCCGGCUUUAUUAAAUUUAAAUCGUGCGCAAUUUAACCUGUUAUAUAGGACUAUAGCCUACUACAAAAUUUUGUAUUUUCUGGGUUUUAUUUUUGACGUGUCGCGAAUUUCAGUUAAAUAUCCCUGAUUAAAGCAAACAUGAUAAGUCGAGUUGAUAACACGUAGGCUAUACUUGCUCUCUUCUCUCUUGUGCUGCUUUUCUCGGCUGUAAACUUCCCGUAGUUCCUGGUUACCGACAUGCUGAUCACGUGAUUAUGGUGACUGGAUAAAUAGUUUUUGGAAGCCGCGCGGGGGUAUACUUGGAGGUUCAUUCACGCACAGCGCUACGAUUGUACACGAGAACAAAUAGUCUACUCGAAUUAUGAAAACUAGUUAGUGAAUGCACAGUCAUAAUGCUAUUCGUAUGAUCCAAAAGUUUAUAUUACAUAUGGACCGACUACACACUCCAUGAAGAGAAAAUCGAGGUCUUAACCGAGUGUCCAGUUCGACUUGAAAGCGCUCUGAGCUCUGGACAGCUUAUGUGUAGGUAAUGCAAGUCCGGUGUGAUUCCUUCGAGUCUUUUUUCGUUUCUUGAGGUGAAUUUUCUAUGUGGCUCCAGGACGUUAAGAAAACGUAUUCUUGGCUUCUGGAGGACGGGAGUUUUGUCGUUCCAGAACGCACAAGUGACUGAGACGACACACUGCUUGUGCUGGGUGCUACACGAGACUGGACACGGAACGCGAGAGAGGAAGACAAAAAGACUCUCCAAGGAUGACUCUGGGGACGGACAUGUCGGACAGUUCUGCGCUGUCCGACGACGUGGACAUCGAUGUUGUUGGCGGGGAUAUUGUAAAAGAGGGUAAAUAUCUUCACCAUCAUCAUAGUUUUCACUUGGACAAUGACUCCGAUGACAAUCUAUCCCAGAACGCGGGGGAGGGCGCAGUCUCUCCCGGUCAAAGCAGCUUGGACUGUGCGGCUGACCGGGUCGGGCCACGGGAUGACAACAGAACCGGAGCGUUGACUGGGGAAAAACCAGGGAAAAAUGCGUUGGUGAAACCUCCUUAUUCUUAUAUAGCCCUGAUAACCAUGGCUAUCUUGCAGAGCCCGAAGAAACGUUUGACUCUCAGCGAGAUCUGCGAGUUCAUCAGCAACAGGUUCCCGUAUUACCGGGAGAAAUUCCCCGCGUGGCAAAACUCUAUCCGCCACAACCUGUCUCUAAAUGACUGCUUUGUCAAAAUACCCCGUGAACCCGGUAACCCGGGCAAAGGCAAUUACUGGACCCUCGACCCAGAGUCCGCCGACAUGUUUGACAACGGGAGUUUUCUGCGCAGAAGGAAGCGCUUCAAAAGACACCAGACCAACGAGAUCCUUAGGGACGCGGGGGGAUUUCUACCUGGCUUUGGCUACGGACCGUACGGUUACAAUUACGGCCUACAGCUGCAGAAUUUCCACGCUCAUCACCCCUACCAUCCACACCACCCGGGAGGUGCGUUCCCUUUCCAAAACGCACCUUGUGCUCUCCCAACGCCUUCCUCGAUAUUCUCUACGCCACACAGCUUGCCUUCGUUUUUAGGUACCGAGCUGAGAAAGCCUUUCUACCCACAACUCAGCCCGACUCUUCCUGGUCUGGCGCCUCUCAAAACGGACACGAAUGGUCCUAGUCGGCCUUCCUUCUCUAUAGACAAUAUCAUUGGUGCAGCUAGCUCGCCAGCUUCGCCGUACACCUCACAACCGGGUGGACAGGCUCAGAUCUUGGCCAUGCUGACUCCCACACUUGCCUCGGCCACGAACCACUUGAAUCUAACGCAGGAAACGAUGCUUCAGCCCGGCACACAGACUUUCUCGAGCAAAACGUCAAGCCUUAACAAUUGCCAUUUCUAGAGUGGCAGCAAAUAGAAAGUGCAGCAGUCCAGUUUAAUAUGGUUGUUUCGUCAUUUGCUAAGGUAGGAUUUACACUUUUGCAAGAUUAAAAUGCCGCCCGUUUCAUGUUUCUGAAUUCUUAAAUAAAAGGCUAAUUAAGUAUAUUUAUGAACUGUAAAUAUGUAAGAUUUUGAAGAGAGAACCCGGCUGAAGAGAGGAAAUUAUGACCAUGUAAAUAGUAAGCUAAGAUUUCACCUUUGGACGGCCAGUGGACCUUUGCCGUUUUGUCCAGAAAGUCAAAUUAGUUUGUACUCAUUGACAUGGAAUUUCCUCUUUUGGUUGACUUAAAUGAAGAUUGUUUUAAUUAUUUUAUUGUUUUGUAUAUUUUGUGAGUUUGUGAAAAGCACUGUCAAUACCGAGACUUAAAACUCAGGAUUUACUUGUUUUGAAAGCACAUUGCCAGAGACAAUAGGGGCUGUAAAUAGAUUACAUAGGUUAACGUCCCACUUCCCCUAAUUCUCUCAACAGAAUUGUUCUGGUAAAUUUUAUUUUAUUUCUGUUGAUAGAUGAUUAUGUGGUUCUUGGUGUAAAUCGCAUUACCUCUUUCUGUCUGACUCUUGUGCAUACGUUAAUACAUAUUUCAUUAUUCCAUUGAGAAAUUAUCUGUGAAAAAAGAAUGUUGUUAUAUGUAAAGAGACAAAACAAUGUCCAUAGGUCAUUUUCUGUUGUAAUGGCAAGACAAUAAAUGUUUGUGAAUUUUGAA